AUGGAGGAGGAGAGCAUGGAGGAGGAGGGCGGCGGUGGCUGUGAGGCCAUGAUGGACGAUCAGAACCACAACAACUGGGGUGCCGGCGGCUACGGGCGGCACCUGCUGGGUCCUGCCGCGGCGCCGCUCGGUGACCGUUUCUUGCGUAGCCCCGCCGCUGGGCCUUCGUCUGAACCGGAGCUCCCUGUGGUGCCCGAAGCCAACGGUGUGCUGCGAGGGUGUGAGCCGGGGAGCGCCGCAGGCAAAGGGGGAGCAGGAGCUAUCGCCGCCGCCAUCAACAUUAACGCCUCGACCUCUAAGUUCCUAAUGAAUGUUAUAACAAUUGAAGACUAUAAGAGCACAUAUUGGCCAAAGCUGGACAGUGCCAUAGAUCAACUUUUGACUCAGAGUCCUGGUGACUACAUCCCUAUCUCCUAUGAACAAAUAUACAGUUGUGUGUAUAAGUGUGUAUGCCAGCAGCAUUCGGAACAGAUGUAUAGUGACCUAAUAAAAAAGAUAACUAACCACUUAGAGAGAGUCUCAAAGGAGCUGCAGGCCAGCCCUCCAGAUCUCUAUAUUGAAAGAUUUAACGUAGCUCUUGGACAGUAUAUGGGAGCAUUGCAGAGCAUUGUGCCUCUUUUCAUAUAUAUGAAUAAAUUUUACAUAGAAACCAAGCUAAACAGAGACUUAAAAGAUGACCUUAUAAAGCUGUUUACGGAACAUGUUGCAGAAAAGCACAUUUACAACCUAAUGCCUUUACUUUUGGAAGCUCAGUCAACACCGUUUCAAAUUACUCCUUCGACCAUGGCAAAUAUUGUGAAAGGCCUCUAUACACUACGACCAGAAUGGGUACAGAUGGCACCAGCUUUAUUUUCUAAAUUCAUCCCAAAUAUUCUACCCCCUGCUGUGGAAUCUGAGCUUCAGGAAUAUGCUGCUCAAGAUCAGAAGCUUCAAAGAGAGCUUAUGCAGAAUGGAUUUACUAGAGGUGACCAGUCACGCAAGAGAGCUGGAGAAGAGUUAACAUACAAUGGCUCAUCAGCUUGUGCAAGCUCCAGGGGUUACAGAUAGUGAACACACUGCAUCAGCUUCUAUUUCUAGCCAGAACAGACACUGGAGGAGCACAGGCAGUAUCCGGAGCCUCCUUUGGCAACAGCUGAUACUGAAGCUCUGACACGAACUCUGCCUCAAAGAAGAGUUUUGGACUUUUCUUCUUUUCUAUAAUGUCAGUUGCUGCUACAGUUGGGGUGACUUUGAAAGACAAUGAUUCCUUGGUCUAACCUAUCAAGUUAAACGCUCUUUGAUUUGUUUUAUUUUAUUUGUGUGUGUGAGGAAUGCACCUUGAAAAGCAAACAAACAAAUCCUUUCAAAGUGGGAAGAACAGGGCAGCCCAAAUCAGCAGCUUCCAAAAGCAUUAGAAUGGAAGAAUCCUUUUUGCACUCUUUUUUUCUUAAAAUUAAGGACAUUCUUAAAACUAGUUAACACGGCGGUGUAUUAGUUUUGAAACUUCGAGGUAUUUU